GGGUUCGCGCUAGUCGAACGGUGUUUAUCCAACCGCGGAGAAAGUGGUCGUGACUGGCAGUCCAAGCCAUUAGUUUUACCAAGUUCUAAAAGCCUGUUUGUUACUAUUUGUCGCGAUGUGUACCUUGCAGUGCUUCGAUCUACGGAUUGUCCAACGUACAUGUGAGGAGAAAAUCAUGUUUUGUAAGCCAGGACAGUAAAACGAAAGUGGCAUUUAUAUUAAGGCUUCUUCGAUCAGCUGUUUGCUUCUGAGGCCAAGAGGCAAGAAUAUCUUCGAUUUGUUUAAAAGUAGAUGUAUUUACUUCCUACUUUUUGCCAAUUAUUUAUUUUGGAUCUUGAUAGAUCGUUGAGCGUAAAGUGGCUAACAUGGAGAGUGCUGCUCACAAGAUUUGUUCCAUUGUGGAGCGGCAUUUUGACGAGGAAAUAGAGUACAAGAAAACAGAAGUUGAACUAAUUACUGAACGAAUUCAUAGAACUAAACAAGUUUUAGACAAGCUGCGUGCAGCCAUUAUCUCCAAAUAUUACGCUGUGUCUGACUACAGUGAGCUUUCAGCUAGUGAAAACUGCGUACAUCCAACCGUUCGAGCAUAUUUCGCCGGCAAGACCCUGCCUUCGGCGAGACUCAGCGCAGCUUCAUAUGAUCUUCCAGUAAAACUUGGUCAAGGUCACCUGGAAGACCAGAAACCAACAAAAUUAGAAACCGUAGUGAAAUCAAUGGAAAAGGUUAAAUUCGUAAUUGGUAACGUCUCGAGGUAUAUUGGCGAUGAAGACCCUGAAGAUAUUGUCACUCAUAUAUGGGUGACUUAUGUUCGGCUUCAUCCCAGUGAGAAGUUGCAGAUACAGGAUAUCUUGUCGAAAGUGAGAUUUUUCCUUCAUCCAAGUUAUUUUCCCCACGACGUGGUCGACGUAACUUCUCCAUUUCAAUUGAAGCGUAAAGGAUGGGGAGAAUUUUCAUUAAGGUCACAACUGCACUUCGUCGAUCCACUGAACAAGCCUGUAGAUGUUAUUCACGGAUUAAAACUUGAUAAAUUCAAGACCGGACUUCAAACAUUGGGGGGUGAAACAAUCUUUGAAGUGAUGCUACUAGUAGAAAAGAAAAUAGACUCACCUACAAACCCACAAGUAAUUUUAAAACAGUCCCAAUUAUCGCAACCUAACAUUGAGAUUAAACGGGAACCCGUGGACUUUGGAAACCCAGACCAGCAGAUCGUCGCUAGUGCAGUCGUCAAACGAGGGUUCGCUUCUCCAAGUCCGACCGUAAUUGACCUUGAAGCACAUGGACACGAUUAUUGUACGCCAUUAAUACGGACUCUCCCAUACGUGCUCGUAGCGGAGGAUUCGGCUGUUGAAGUCAAUUCAUCGUCAAACGUUCGGUUAAUCAAAGGUGAAUCCUUGCUCAAAACGAAGUGGUCCACACUGAAAAGCGUUGCCACUCCCGUUACGACUUUUUUGGAAGCCACUGCAAACUGGGAUGAAUCACUCAAAAAAGUAGACUUCUCCCAGGACGUGUAUCGUCUUAUAGACAUACUUGCUCAAGACUUUUUUACACUCAUUGGUAACAGGCCCGUAUCGGACCUGUUCUACCAAGCCUUCUGUAUCGAUGACUUUUUCUCCUGUCAUAUAGGGAAACGGAAAGCGAUUGAGUGGGCCCGGGCCAGCAGCCUGCGCAGGACGCUUAUUAAGUACGGGGUUACCAACGUACCCAGAACGAGGCUAGUCUUACUCUACCUACGCAAAAAUGGAUACACUCCACUUCACGAGUCUACGGAUCUUCAGUCGACGACCAUGGAGGGUGUGCAGCUCGACUCCUACACAUAUAUGGACUUUUCUGAGCGACUUUCAUCAGAGCUUGCUCCACCACUGUCACCUGUCAAGAGGAGAAAAACGCAACUAGAUGAAGACGUUGAAGUCGACGUUGAAUCACUACAACCCCAAAAAGAGGAAGAUCUGUCUAGGCGAAUCACAGUUUCCUCCCCACGCCUUCAAUUCAUCUAUGAUACUCUCGAGCAGAUAGUAGACGAACGCAGACUUACCGAAGAUCGGAACGAGCUCGAUGCUCUACUUCGGCUGAUGGAUGCCGCCACAAUGUCGUUUGCUGAACGACUUCUAAGACGUUCACUUUCCGCAGCAUUUGCUAGAAACGCAUCGAACUACGAAGUCGACGGUAUUCUUCCGGUGGACGUGCAUCAUGCUGUGAAUGCUCACGAUGAGUUCGAUUUCCUCGGAAAUAGUGGACUUGCCGACCCUUAAGCGAAAAAAAAGUCUCCGGUUUCGAUUCCUAUGUGAUCAUAGUGAGUGAUCAAUCCUUAGUAUGUGAUAUCGUAAUACAAUGACUAUUAGCCUAUUAUAUCGUAGUUUCCACAUUAAUUUGUAUAAUGUAAUAUAGAAUGUAUAACAAACGUAGCUCGAGGAGCGGUAUUGCACGAAGCUACUUAGUUGAUUGCGAUGUACAUGUGAAUCUAUAUGAGGAAUUCCGCUAUAAAACAUUAUUCCCAAUUUAUCGUUUCUUGCGAUUCGACGGGUUAAUAUCACUUUGUAGAUAAUAAUUCUCUGCCUUAUUGAUCAGCUAGCUUUCACUAAUAAACUAUUGUAGUUUCUCGUUGUUUUUAGGUAUUUGAAUUUCGCGCGAGAAAUAGCAUGUAUUUUACUGAUCAGGUCGACAGAAAAAUGAGUAUCGCCGAUUCUAUCGAUGGACCUCCGUUUGAGUGUGGGCAAUUUUUUUUUUUACCUGCGACUGAAUUGUUUCAACCCACCAGAAGCACGAAGCUGUCCCUGCUCUGCCAAGCCGUCGGCAAAGAAUUCUAGAAUUGUGUA